AUGGGUUCUUGUAAAGAUGAUCAUGAGAAUCAACAAGAUUGCUUAUGGGUUAAUGGACCUAUCAUAGUAGGUGCAGGACCAUCUGGUCUAGCAGUCUCAGCUUGCCUUAAAGAAAAUGGUGUACCUUCUGUGAUUCUUGAGAGAAGUGACUGCAUAUCUUCUUUAUGGCAACAAAGAACCUAUGAUUGUCUCAAACUCCACCUUCCCAAACAGUUCUGUGAACUCCCACUGUUUGGUUUCCCAGAAAAUUUUCCAAAGUACCCAACCAAGCGCCAGUUCAUUUCAUACAUGGAAUCAUAUGCCAGACACUUCUCAAUUGAACCUAAGUUCAAGAAAGAAGUAAAAAGAGCUGAGUUUGAUCAUGGUAGAGGGGUUUGGAGAGUUCAAACUCAGGACUUUGAGUAUGUUUCUAAGUGGCUUGUGGUUGCCACUGGAGAAAAUGCAGAUCCUAAUAUACCAGAAAUUUCAGGAAUUGAGAGUUUUGAAGGGCCUGUGGUGCAUACAAGUGUGUAUAAGUCUGGUGCUGAGUUUAAACAACAGAGGGUUUUGGUGGUGGGGUGUGGAAAUUCUGGAAUGGAAGUUAGCUUAGACCUUUGUAGAUACAAUGCCAGCCCAAAUAUAGUGGUUAGAAGCACUAUUCAUAUUUUACCUAGGGAGAUGUUUGGAUUAUCAACAUUUGGAAUAGCUAUGGCACUGCUCAAAUGGAUACCUCUAAGGUUACUGGACAAGUUCCUCUUAUUGGUGGCCAAUUUCACUCUCGGAAACACAGACAGGUUAGGUCUCUGGAGGCCGAAGACCGGCCCAAUUGAGCUGAAAAAUGCCACCGGGAAGACCCCAGUGUUGGAUGUAGGAGUACUCUCACUGAUAAAAUCUGGAAAAGUUAAGGUGAUGGAAGGUGUGAAAGAGAUAACAAGAAAUGGGGCCAAGUUCAUGGAUGGACAAGAAAGAGAGUUUGAUUCUAUAAUCUUGGCAACUGGGUAUAAGAGCAAUGUGCCUUCAUGGCUCAAGGCCAGUGACUUCUUUACAGGGGAGGGCAUGCCCAAAACACCGUUUCCUAAUGGUUGGAAGGGAGAGAAUGGCUUGUAUACUGUAGGCUUCACUAGAAGAGGCCUUCUUGGGACUGCAUCAGAUGCCAUUAAAAUUUCCCGAGACAUCGGUGAUCAAUGGAGGACAAUCAAGAACAACAAGAAAAUUUGUUUUUCACAUUUUCCCCUAAAUCGAUAG